CUCCCGCGGCCGCAGGCUCCGCUCGGCGCCGGCGGGGAGCGCGCGCCGCCGUCACCGCGCCUCGCGGCGGCCCCCCCGCCCCUCCCUGCCCUGCCCCGGUGCCGCUGAGGGGAUCCGCGCCGCGGAGACGGCCCUUACUAGAAACUGUGGAACGUAAAGGAGAGUUGCUUUGGGUGGACCAUGCUCAGAGAUACUAUGAAGUCUUGGAGCGACAGCCAGUCAGACCUCUACAGCAGUGACCAAGAAGAGGAAGAACAGAUGAUUUUUGGAGAAAAUGAAGAUGAUUUGGAAGAAAUGAUGGAUUUAAGUGACUUGCCUACCUCCCUGUUUGCUUGCAGUGUUCAUGAAGCUGUGUUUGAGGUACAGGAAGAAAAGGAAAGAUUUGAAGCUCUUUUCACAGUCUAUGAUAAUCAAGUCACAUUCCAGUCGUUUAAAAGCUUUAGAAGAGUAAGGAUAAACUUCAGCAAUCCAGAGGCAGCAGCAAGAGCACGGAUAGAACUUCAUGAAACUGACUUCAAUGGAAAAAAACUGAAGCUAUAUUUUGCACAGGUACAGGUGUCCAAUGAAGUAGGAAACAAGUCCUACCUUCUUCCUCCACAACCUGUUAAACAGUUUCUGAUAUCACCACCUGCAUCUCCACCAGUUGGAUGGAAACAGAGUGAAGAUGCAACUCCGCUGAUAAACUACGACCUGCUUUGUGCUGUCUCCAAGUUGGGACCAGGGGAGAAGUAUGAACUUCAUGCAGGAACAGAAUCAACUCCUAGUGUAGUUGUCCACGUCUGUGAAAGUGAGACAGAAGAGGAAGAUGAAAUUAAAAAUCCCAAACAGAAGAUCAUGCAGACAAGGCGUCCAGAACCGCCUGCAACAAUACUGAAUGAAUCUAAAGCGUUUGAUUGUACACUGGAGGUAGGGGGUACUAUGCACUGUUAAACUGCGAUGCUCAGGAUAGUAUCAAAAAUCAGACACUUAAUGAGUACAUGUGUUGAUGUCUGUAGUGCUGCUAUAUAUUACAUAUAGCGGCAACGGAUUUUACUUGUAGUUGUCUCUCAUGUUCAAGAUUUUGGAUGCCAAUGCUCUAAAAAGCACUUUAAUUUUAAGGACUAGUCCCCCAAGUGUAGCAAAUCCACCUGACUUGCAAUAGUGAAAAAUAGGAAGUUUAGGUUUUUUUUGAAGAUGUUACCUUCUCUUUAUACUGUGAAGUGUGAUGUACCAAGUGCUGAAAUAAUAUCUUACUGUCACUAUUGGAUUCAAGAAAGUUCUUUGUAUAGCAAUUAAAAACCAAUUCGUGCCGGUACAACUACUUCUAAUUCAUGUAAAAAUUAAUUGGAAGCGAAGAAUACUCCUUAUGCUAAAAUUCCUUCCCGGCCAGUAAUCUUCUGAAGUGUGAAAGUUAAUGCUUGCUUUUCUCAGAUAUGUUUUUAAUUUGACAUGAGGCACAAAUACACGUAUGGAACUAAAUUCUGUGUAGUUAGCAGAACUACUUGAAGAGUACAGGAGGAAGAACCACAGACCACUAAAAGACAGACUGUGAGUCUGUACCCAACACUACUGCUGCUAUCUGAUGGUACAAUGGUUUGCACUGACAUCUGAUUAAGAGUGAAUUACAAUAUGCAGAGUGAAAUAUGGAUUCAGCUAUUGAAUGUGUUGUCUCUGAUCCUCUCUAAAAGUAUGGUAAUGUUUGUUCCUCUCCAGUUCUAGAGAUGGCCUCCAUUUAUAAAUAAAUUCUACGACUGUUAUGUUAUGACUAAAUGAUGUUAGGAGAUAAAAACAUCUAGGGUUAAUUUUUAACCUGUGGUCCUAAACUUCUCUAGUGUUUUUGUUCUUUUUUUUUUUUUAAGACAGUCAGUUGCCUGGCUUAGCCAGCUUUUAUGCAGUUUGAGCCCUUAUUUGCUGUUUUUCAUUAAGAGUUUUUCUGUGUAGCAUCCUGUAUGUCUGAUAAAGCAUCCACUAAUUUUGAGACCAGGAUGCAUCUUUUAAAAUACAGAUCUUUAAUUUUGUAAACUCACGUUAAGUGUUUUAGUAGGAGGAAAAUAUGCCUCAGUAUAAUGACACAUGCUCCUAUGCUUUUAUGCUAUUUUAUAAUCAACCUUUUUUAGUCUACCCAGAUUCUUUUUCUAUAAAAAGAUUACAAUUUUCUGAACAAGCCAGGCUGCUUAUAUUCAUAUAUAUAUAUAUAUAAAUCAUUCAGAAAUUGGCCUUUUUCAAUUCAUUUUAUUGUAUUUUAAUGCUAUAUGAAGUGUUUAUUGAACUUUCAAAAGUAUUUUCACUUGAUUGACAGCGGAGAGAAAAAGCAAUGGUCACGAAUUUGCAUAGGCGCAGUAGUUUUCAACCCCAUAUUGUGCCAGCUUGUGAUCCCUUCCUGCCACCAGCUUCGAGUUGCAAAAUGGGAUCCUGCAGGCAGGUCCUUGUUCCAGAGGUAGGAAUAGUAUGUAUUAAAAAGGCAGGAAAAUGUUUUUGUUCAUCUUGCCUCCAAAGGCAUGAUAUUUAUGUAUCUCUUCAGGUAUUAAAAUCACUUAAAGUCUGACUUUUGUGUCACUGUUCUACAGUACAAAAAAGGGAGAAAAAAAAAUCUUGUAUUGUCCAUGAGGCCUGUGUAUUUUAAAAUUUCCAGAAGUCCAUUUUGGAUUCUGUGGUGUUUAUAUUUUGUUAAUUGUUUAAUUUCUACCCCAUUGUAAAAGUUUGUGUAAGUAGGGAUAAGUGGAAAACCUUCAGAAACAGUUUUAUAAUGCAAAUCAAGUAAGUGAUGUUGUCAAUGUAUCUUGUGUAAAAUGUAUAAGAACCUGCAUUCCAACAUCUUUCGUUGUGUAAAGAGGCUUAAAAUAAAAACAAUGCAGUGCCA